AUUAAAUGAUUAGUUUAUAUGUGAUAUAAAAUAUAAAUUUUAUUACACAAUCUAUUGCCCAACUUAUCAAAGCAUACAUUUUGUGUGUAAUUUAUAAUUGAAAAUAUAAUAACGAAAUAAAUUGAGGAAAAUCUGUGCAAAUAAAAUGACGGCAAAUGUUAAGGAAAGUUAUGAUCACAUCAUAGUUAGAGGCAAUCCGUUCACAAGAGGCCACAGUUAUGGACAGCAAACCAAAGAGAAAAUCGUUUCAAACAUUAAUUAUUAUAAAACUUCUGGUGUUUUGCCGGAUUGGCCUCAAGUCUGCGAUUAUAUCAACAAUCACUACAUGAAAGCGUUGGAAAAGCAUUACCCGUUGGGUCUGAACGAAAUGAAAGGCAUCGCAAUCGGAGCCAACGUUUCCCUCGAAGAGAUCGUACUGUUGAACGCCAGGUAUGAGAUGUUGAUUUGGAGCCGACUCUUGCGCCGGACGAACAGCAAAUGGCCACAAGAGUGUACCGGAGCUGUGUGUCUGUCAAAGGCCACCAAAUCGGGUGAUAUUCUUAUAGGACAAAACUGGGACAUUCAUAGCAGACUAAUGGACAACGAUAUCAUUGUGCUGUUGGAAGUACAUCCCGAUCCCGAAGAAAAUAUUGCACCAUAUUUUAUGCUCACCGAAGCGGGACAGUUGGGCAGAAGUGGUAUGAAUGCCAACGGAUUAGGCAUUAUAGCAAUGGGUUUGUUCUCAUCCCAAGACCACUUCGAUGAGAGCGACAAAACUGGACAAUACAUACCCAUCACUUUAUUGAGACGGAUUUUCAUAGAGGCGCCUACUUUUGCGGUGGCACUCAAACGCAUGACAUCACUGCCCAGACAUGUGUCGUGUAAUAUGAUGGUCGCCACCGCCGAAGGCGAGGCCAUCAAUAUAGAGCUGACGCCACAUAACUGUUUUAUAUCAUACCCGCCGUUAGAGACGGACGUCUAUACGCAUAGCAAUCACUUUAAGUCGAGUGCAUUUAUGGACAACCAGUCUGUAAAAGACUCCUUUAAAAUCGGUUCCACACACUUCAGGGAUCGACAGCUCGAGAGGGAACUCAUGAACAGAUGGCCAAACAUUGACGACCACUCGUUUAUCGAUUCAUUUAAAAACCAUUUGGGAUUUCCUGAAUCUCUAUGUCUUCAUAUUCCAGACAAAGGCAAAGAGUACACCUCGACGUCACCCAAAGAGUGUACCGUCGCUAACAUUGUCUAUAAUUUAACCACAAAAACGGUUAGACUCUGCAAAGGACAGCCGUGUUUAGGCAAUUAUAGGAAAUACCAGUUUAACUAUAAUGUUAAUAAAGAUAAUGAAGAUUAGAUUAUAUUUACAAUCC